GAAUAUUUAUUUUGGAAGGUGUUUGGGAACACUUAUAUAUUAAGUGAAAUUUUAAAUAGAGUCCAUAGCAGAGUUUAUGAGCUGCCAUCUAUAUCAGACUAUAAAUUUGGUUACCGUAGAAAGUUUUCAACAAUUACAUCGGUUGCCUGGAUGGUGGAGCAUAAUGUGUGGGAGUUGCUAAAAUAUAAACUAAAGGUAAAUGAAAAGCUACACUUUGGCAAUGUAAAU